AUGGAGCAGCAGCAACCCAUCGCCGCGCCUGCCCCGGCUUCCAUUGCUGCUCCUGCUGCCAGCUCCCUGCUGGAUUUCAUGUGCCUCAUGGGCAAGCUCAAGCACCUCAAGCGAACGGGAUGGGUGCGCCACAACGUGUCCGCUCCCGAGUGCAUCGCCGACCACAUGUACCGGAUGGGCAUCAUGGCCAUGCUGUUUGCCGACUCGUCCCUCAACAAGGAGCGCAUGGUCAAGCUCGCCCUCCUUUCGCCCUGCCCCUCCCUCCCGUGCCACGGCGGCGGUGGCUGGCUGGCGGGUGGGUGGGUGGGUGGGUGGGUGACAGCUAUCGUGGGCGACAUCACGCCCCAUUGCGGGGUGACCAAGGACGAGAAGUACCGCCUGGAGCACGAAGCGAUGGGCACCAUACGGGCGAUGCUGGCCGGUCUUCCCGCCGCCGAUGAGUUCGAGGAGCUGUGGCUUGAGUAUGAAAAGGGCGAGACGCCCGAGGCUCGCGUUGUCGGGCAGAUCGACAAGUUCGACAUGUACCUACAGGCCCACGAGUACGAAGCCUCGCAAGGCUUAGACCUUUCCGAGUUCUUUCGGGGAGCGGAGACGACGGUGCAGCACCCGGAGAUGCGGCAGUGGCUUGCGGAGCUGCUCGCCAGGCGACAGCAGCCGCCUUCCGCGUCCUCGCCCGUGGCCUCGGCCCCGGCAUCGACGUCACCAUGA